CAAGUAAACCGGAAAGAUGAAUCACGCGCCCUGCACGUGACGUGACCCCUUGUAACCUAGCUGUUCCUUCCGCCGCCGCCCGCCGCCGCCUUCGUCUCUCCCCCGAGAGAAAGAGAGGGCGAGGCGGCGAGCUCCGUAGCCAUGGCGUGGGAGGAGGAGGAGGCGGUGGAGGAGGAGUACGGGGAGGAGAUGGAGGGGUCGGGGUCGGAGGCGGAGGACGUGGUGGUGGGGCAGAUGCCGACGGUGAUGGUGCCGAAGCACAUCAAGAAGCGCUCCCUCAAGAACAAGGCCCUCUCCGUCUCCCUCGAUAAGAAAGCCCUCAAGGAUUUCGUGACCGGGUUUCACAAAAGGAAGAAGAAGAGGAGAAAGGAGGCGCAGAAGAUUUUGCAGGAAAAGGAGAGGCGGAAGCGAAUCGAGGAGCGCAAGAGGAGAAAGCAAGAGAAAGAAAUUGCUCUGUACGGUAGAGUCCUAUCAUCAGAUAAUGCUGACGGCGAAGAUUUUGAGAAUGAUGGCGAUGAGAUGGAAACUGAUGAUUUGCCCGCAUCUGAAGUGAGAACAUAUGAAGACGGCGGGACUAAAAUCACAGUCACGACGAGCGAAAUCACUCAUGAAGAAGAUGAUGAUGACCUUGGCCCGAAAAGGGUUGCCCCUGCAUCUACGAGCUACGCCAGCAAGAGUCCUGGCAUGGCUGCCAAGAAGAGUACUAGCCUAGGUGUUAAGAAGAAGCCAUCGAAGCGAACCUUCAGGAAUAAAAGUAAAUCGAAAAGGGGUGACAAGAAGAAAGGUGCUGCUGCGAAGGGUAAACAGAAGAACAGAGGGAGGAAGUGAGUGAUGUUUUGUAACCACUGUGUAGAAAUGUUUGCGCCUUUGGCAGGCCAAAGCUGCCGUUUCUUUUUUUGUUCUAGGCACAGUGGAUUUGUACUUGGUCCUGAUUGAUCAUCCUAAGAUAGUAUGCUCAGUUGUUAAUUUGUGCCAGUUUUGCAAUAUCAUGUUUGAAAUUAACCCAA